CAUGUGUUGAAUAAAACAUUUCAAGAUAUUUAUAAAUUCAUUUAUAGACUAAGAAAAGUAAGAUUGCAAAUUGACAGCUGAGAUAAAUAGUUAUAAAAAUUUGUUAAAUAAUCAAAAUGGCAUCCCGCGGUCUGGAGUUAGUAAAAACCGCAAUUGAGAAAACUUUAAAAACAAAAACAUGGGGUUCAUUCUUAAAAAAUCUUGAAGUUCUAUCAGCUGAUAAAGGUAAUUGCACUGCGGAAUUUACUGUUCAAGAAGAGCAACUAAACUACGGAGGUAGUCUUCACGGUGGUUGCACAUGCAGCCUCGUUGACAGUGUAUCGACCUACGCGUUGAUGACACACGCUAAGAAUCCUCAUCCUGGUGUCUCUGUUGAUUUGCACGUCUCGUUUAUAAAAGCAGCGCUGCCCGGUGAAGUGAUAACAAUAGAAGCUAAAACCAAAAAACUCGGCCGCACUUUAGCCUUCCUGGAUGUUGAAAUAUUCAAGAAGAAAGAUGGCUCGCUGAUUGCUCGAGGAUCUCACACUAAAUUCGUGGGAUUUGAUUAAAAAUAUAAAUAAUUAAAUUAGUACUCAGUGAUUUUUAAUUAAGCAAGUUGACUAUUUAUAAAUUUAUUAUAUACAAUGCGGUACAAUUGCAAGCAUAGCUGCCGGGUUGAACAUUUAUUUACAAAAAAUUAAAAAAAACUAUAAAGUUA